AAAUUCCAAAUACUAAAUGCCAUUGAAUUAAACUGAAUUGAAUAUUUCCUUAACUUGUACUCAAAAACUUUUUUUUUGUUUUGAUCAAUACUUGUACUCAAAACUAAAAUAUAAUUUCUUGAUGUAAGAUAUAUGUCGAUGAACAUACACAGGUUGCACCAAAUCUAUCCCACUAUCGCACUCUAGAAAAAGAAAAUGAUUUGAUCGCUCUAACAGAAUGAAAAUAGCGGCUGGUUUUAAUUCUCCGACAAGAGAUAUGCUGUCGCCGACGUUGUUUCCUCUCUUCUGCGUUUUGUUUCUCUGCUUUCCAGUUGCUGUCAUCUUCACAGUCCAGCGAGAAAUCACCGCCGCUACUUCGCCGGAGUUUGGCUUCCACUCACGAAAUCUACACGCUUCUACUUCGGUGGUUCGAUUUCGUCAGCAGAUUCCUAAAGACGACGAACAGCUUCUCCGACUCGCUUCCCGGGUCAACCCGAACCAGCCUUCUCCCGGGUCGAUCCGGAAGCUGGCUUUUAUGUAUCUAACGACGGCGCCUCUUCCGUUCGCGCCAUUGUGGGAAACGUUCUUUAACGGAAGCAGCAAGGAACUCUAUAACGUCUACGUUCACGCGGAUCCGACCCGAGAGUAUGACCCGGCGUUCGCCGGCGUGUUUGAGAAUCGAGUCAUUCACUCGAAGCCCUCGGAACGGAACACACCCACUCUCGCUUCAGCGGCGCGUCGGCUAAUAGCUCACGCGCUUCUCGACGAUCCACAGAACUACAUGUUUGCUCUCUUCUCGCCUUCAUGCGUACCCAUUCGCUCCUUUGACUUCACUUACAAGACGUUGGUCUCGUCUCGCAAGAGCUUCAUCGAGUUACUCAAAGACGAGCCGUUGCAGUUCGAAAGAUGGGCCGCGCGCGGGCCCAUCGCGAUGCUGCCGGAGGUGAGGUUUGACGAUUUUCGGAUAGGGUCUCAGUUUUGGGUUCUGAAACGGAGGCACGCGCUUGUGGUGGCGCGUGAUCGGCGUAUCUGGGAGAAGUUUAACAAGACGUGUUUGUGGGAAGGCUCGUGCUUUCCCGAGGAAAAUUACUUUCCGACACUUCUUAAUAUGAAGGACCCGCGCGGGUGUGUCCCAGCUACGCUCACGCACGUGGACUGGACCAUCAACGAGGAAGGCCACCCGAGGAUGUAUGAGCGAGAGGAAGUGGUACAUGAGCUGAUAGUGCGGUUGAGGAACACGCGACCGAGAUACGGUGAGGAUGGAAUCAACGGUUCGGAUUGGACAAUUGGGAGGAGUGAUCCGUUUCUGUUUGCUAGGAAGUUUUCUCCCGAGGCUCUGGAGCUGUUGAUGGGUAUGGCUCGAACCGUGUUGUUCAAUGACUCGGCAUGUGGUGCGUGAAUGGUUCUCUGAUGGCUUUGUUGUAAAUUUAGAUGUAGUUUUAGUUCUUUUGUUUUGGUUAAAAAGUAGAAGAAAAAUCAUUGUAAAUCUAUCAUUAUCCAAGGGGUUUGAGCUAGACGUCAAAGCUCAUCGUCAUAGAUUCGCAACUGAAGUUAAGCGUCAGCAAAUUAAUUUACCUCACAAUCACUUACCAAUGUAGUGGGAAGGAAAUGAAUAUAUAUAUAUAUAUGUAUGCAUGCCAAAGUACCUCAAAAUCUUGGGUUAGUCUUCAGUACAUCUCAAAUGGAUAUAAGCAAUUUACUUUUAAUCUUCAGUUCAAGAGAUUUUACAAGUUAGAGAAUCAAAUACAGGAUCAGGAGAGAUGCAAGAAAUUAUCUAAUGUUUCAUGUUAUUCAUUGGCUUAUUAUUCUGUUGUAAGGAGCAAGUGGUAAUACAGUUAUCUAUGUUUAGCACACAUAACUUGGGUUUUAGUACAUUAUUGAAAUGAUGGUGCCAGUUUGUUGUCUGGUGGCUUUAGUUGCUGGUUCGUUUUAAUAUUCAGAUUCUAUUUAUUUUCAUUGGUUUCAUUUACCACUGAAAAAGAGUGUUUUUUGACAAAAAAAAAGAAAAAAAGGAGUGGUUUAUUUAGCAGGAAAACUGAUAUACAAGAGAACAUGAAGUAUGCCUAUAUAGCCUGUUUGCGUACAAGCCAAACAUCAAAUAGCUACAAACAAACUUAGUCACCUGAUAUUUUAACAAAAACAGAUUAUCACACAGAAUAUAAAAUAAUUACAUUUACCAAUCGCUACUCGCUUGCUUCACCCAACUCAAACCAAAGGGGGCAAAGAUAACCAGGCGACCUCAGAAGAAUUCAAUGUUUUACAAUAGGUAUAAACGUUCAAGAAAAAAAUGGGUUUUAAAUGACAUUAUUAAUCAAACUCA